AUGGCUUCACCGGAGCCAUCGGCGGGCGGCGAUGCGGCCAGCCAGAGUGCUGCGGUGCAGCCGCUCCAGCUGCCAACGCCGGAGGAGAUCAAGGGGCAGGAGAUGAUGAACAACUGCGCCGUCCGGAGCGUCCUCAGUGGUGUCAUGGCAUUAGAAAGGUUGCUGUUUGGCCGUGCGCCUCUCUCCCACCACCGGCUAUCAGUUAUUCCUUUUAGCAUUGGGGGUGGUCUUGGUGUACUUAUGGGACUAUUUUUUGGAGCUUUGGAAAAUCCAAUAAUGUCAGAGGAGAUGACAGCAAGGCAACAAAUAGUCUACCAGGCAAAACAGAUGGGCAGGAAAAGUAUGAGCCAUGCUAAGACCUUUGCAGUAAUGGGCUUGAUUUUCUCUGCAGCUGAAUGCGUCGUAGAGAAGGCUCGGGCAAAGCAUGACAUUACCAAUUCGGCAGUAGCUGGCUGUGUCACAGGAGGGGCUUUAGCUGCAAAAGGUGGCCCUCAGGCCACAUGUAUCGGGUGUGUGGGUUUUGGUGCCUUCUCCGUGGCGAUUGAGAAGUUCAUGGAACGGCAUACUUGA